AACAACUAGAAACUCGUAGAAUUGUAAAGGAUAUGAACACUAAUAAAAGAGAUUUGGUAAAGGAAUUAGAAAUAGUAUUGGCUGAAGAGACCUUGGCGAAAAUAUCAGAUAAUGAUAAAUAUCUAUCGAUCCCAUCAUCAAGUCACGAUCCCUACUCAGAUAAAGACAAAAGUUCAGUCAAGGUUGAAAACAAGAUAAUAUUGGAUUCAAGAUUUGUCUGGUUAUUAUACAAAACACGAAUUAAAGAUGUUGAUAGAUGGUAUGAUACAUAUUGCUAUAAACUUCAUACAUAUAUUGUAAAACUUGCUAAUGAAUUCAAAGUAACAUAUGAAUGUGAAUUAAGUGAAUUUAUUAGUAAAGAUAAAUGGUGUCAAAUAUUUCAUCUGCAUCUAAAGGCAACAGAUCAACAAAUAUUAAGAAGAAAUCCUAUUAUUAUUGAAAGACUUGAUACUUUUACAUAUCAAAUUGUUAAAGCUAUUAUAAUUAUUCAAUCAAACAAAACAAAUACAUAA